AUGGACCCUUCCAAUCCUUCCCACAUUACAAAAAUGUUCAUGGAUUAUAUGAAUGAUGACAUGGAUGAAGAACGUGUGAGGUUGUAUAUGGAAGAAGAAGCCUCAAGCUCUAGAAGGCCUAGACGUCAAAGAAGGAAUAUAGAGAGCAAUCGUAAAGAGGGACACGAUCGAUUGUUCAAAGAUGAUUUUUCAGAAACCUCGAUAUACACAAAUGAGCAGUUUCGUAGAAGGUACCAAAUGCAUAAACAUGUGUUCCUUCGUAUUGUUGAAGCUCUAGGUCAACAUGAUGAGUAUUUUCGAAUGAUGGUUGACGUAACAGGUAGGGCAAGUCUUUCACCAUUACAGAAAUGCAUUGUUGUUAGCAUUGUUGUUACCAGCAUGUUGACAUAUGGAACAUCUGCUGACAGUGUGGACGACUAUUUGAUAAUUGGUGAAACCACGACACUAAAAUGUGUUGAUAAGUUUACAAGAGGAGUGAUCAACAUCUUUGGUGCAUAA